CAAUAAUAGUGCUAUUAAAAAAGUCUAUAAACCAGUAAUUAUGAAAAAAUAUUCAUAUUUUUCCUCUUUAGAUAGACAAAAUGAAAAUGUAGCCAUUUUUUCUGAGGAAAGAAAAGUGAAAAAAAGAAAAAAAGAACAAGAAAUAAAAAAAACACCAAUUAAACAGUCUUUAGGAUAUCACUAUGAAAUUCGGAAAACUAAGAAACAUAAUAAUCAAUUCAGACAAGAUACUGAAAAUUCUUUACUAUAUACCGAUGAAGAAGACGAGUUAACAGCAGAUCAAUCUACUAUACCAAAAAAGCACUAUUUUUAUGAAAAAUAUAAAAAUAAAAAAAAAAUUGCAAAAGUGCUUAUAAAGACUUCAAAUAAGCAUGAAAAAAGAGAUGAUUGUGGUGAUAUAUUUGACCUUUUGAAUACAGAGACGUCUGGAAUAACUAGAAAAAGAAGAAAGAAAAAAAAGAUAGAAACUUUUUUUCAGGAAGCAUCUUAUUCAGAAAAUAGCAGUAUUGGUGAUUGUAUAGAAGUUGAUUUAUCAGGUAGUGCAUAUGAGAAACCAGAUGAAUUAUAUUUUUUAAAUUCAAAUAUUGAGUCUUUUCAAAAAAAAUAUGAUUCUACUGAUAUGAUUUCUGAUGAUCCUUUGACGUCGCCUUUUAUAAAUCUAGAUGUCCAAAAUAUUAAAAAGAAACGUAUAAAGCCAUUAAAAACGGUAAAUAAAAAGACGUUAAUAAAUUUUGAUAAUACUAUAGAACCAGAUCCUGUUGAUCAUAGUACAGAAAAGGAUUUGAUUAUAGUUGAGAGUACUCCGAAAUCUUCUGAAAGUUUUUAUAAAGAAAUUAGCUAUGAAUACAAAAAAAAAAAUACUUUAGAAAAUAAAUCGAUUAUUAAUAAUUUUAAAAAUCAUAUUUUGGAAAAGCUUACUGGAAGGAAAUAUGCACCAAUUAUUGGGUUGGACCUGGAAUAUAAGAAAUUACGUGAGUUGCUUUAUCAAACUAUUAAUAUGGGAGAAAGUAACUCUUGCUUAAUUAUUGGACCGAAAUCUUGCGGAAAAUCUAAUAUUCUUGAUACAGCAAUUGUUAGUCUUAGCGAGUUUUCCUCACACUUUUUUGUUGUACGACUAAACGGGAUAAUUCAAACAGAUGAUAAACUUGCAUUAAGGGAAAUUGCAAGACAAUUGAAUGUAGAAAUGAAUUUAGAUGUUCAAGAGAAUUCUAGCUUUUCAGAUAAUUUGUUUAAAAUUUUGACUAUUUUAUCGCAUCCUAAGGAACUUAAUCUUAUUAAUGACGAUAAUUUUUUUGAUGAAUCUGACACAUAUCAUAGUACUUUAUCAUCAAAUAACAUAACUUCUGUUUCUGUAAUUUUUAUAUUAGAUAAUUUUGAUCUUUUUAUACAACAUCAUCGUCAAACUCUUUUAUAUAAUUUAUUCGAUAUAUCUCAAACAAAAAAGGCACCUAUAGCAGUUAUUGGGUUAACAUCUACAUUGGAUUCAGUAGAAUCUCUUGAAAAAAGAGUUAAAAGUAGAUUUAGUCAUAGAAUAAUUCAAAUUAAAUAUCCCGAUAAUCUUGAAUUAUUUAUUAAAAUUUGUCGUGCUGGUUUAACUAUUGAUUAUGAACUUUCAUCUGAUGAUUUUUUAAAAGAAAAAGAAUUACAAUUUAUCAAGGACUGGAAUAGGCAUGUUGAUGAUUUGUUUGAAAAAGGAAAUGUGGUUUAUAAACUUGUAGAAGGAAUAUUUAUGACAUCCAAAGAUGUUAAGGAAUUUUAUUCGCAUUGUAUAAUACCUGUUACAUCAUUAUCUGCAUCUUCAUUUAACUUACAAGAAAAUAUGUUUUUUUCUCGAAAUCUUUUUCAUUCAUUUACCAAAACAGAGCUUUUAAAUGGAAUUUCAUUGCUACAAUUUUCAUUAUUAGUGUGUGCAGCAAAAAUUGAUACACGAGAUACUAAUACUUUUAAUUUCAAUAUGGUAUAUAAGGAAUAUCACGAUCUUGUUACAAAGUCUGCAUCAUCAUCUACUUAUUCAAUUGUUAAAAAUUCUUCAAUUAGACUCUGGGAAAGAGAUAUUCUUCUUGAUGCUUGGGAGAAAUUAUGCGAUCUCAAUUUCCUUCAGCCUUCCGAUACUACCCUUUCAAAAUCAUCCAGCGGUUUGGAUCGUGAAUACCGGAUGUACCAUAUCGAAAUUACACUUAUUGAUCUUAUUUCUUACAUGGACAAAGUAAAAACAAUACCAACCAUUUUAAAAAGAUGGUCUAAAGAGGUUAUUGCUUAAACACUAAUAGUCUUUAAAUACAAAAAACAUUCACAUUAUUUUA